AUGCAUCUCGUACCCAAAGAGGCUCUGAUAGCUAGCAAUCUUCAAGAGCUCAUCCGGGAUGGCAACCACACCGUGGCUGACUUGAUGAGCAUUGGCGCCACCAUGCUUGGGAGACGCCAUGUUCUGCCAUCUGUUCUCAGCACGUUGCAUGAAAUCCAGGUAGAAGGCACUUUCCCCUCUGGAACCUAUCUCGUCACUGUACACAACCCUAUCAGUUCAGACGAUGGUGACCUAGCACGCGCCCUUUACGGCAGCUUCCUGCCAAUUCCAGACAAGGACGCUUUUCCUCUGCCGGCCGCUGAGGCCUACGAGGCCACAGCGCAGCCAGGUGCGGUAGUUGUGGUCAAGGGUACCGUGGUGCUCAACGAAGGCCGUAAACGUGUCAAGCUCAAGGUUACCAGCAAGGGUGAUCGACCUAUCCAAGUCGGUAGUCACUAUCACUUCAUUGAGACAAACCCGCAGCUAGAGUUCGAUCGUAUAAAGGCAUAUGGCUAUCGGCUUGAUAUUGCUGCCGGCACGUCUGUGCGUUUCGAGCCUGGCGACACGAAGACUGUGACGCUCGUCGAGAUCGGAGGCAACAAGGUCAUUCGGGGCGGGAAUAACAUCGCAUCGGGCGUUGUUGAUCUAAGCCGUGCAAAUGACAUUGUGGCUCGGCUGCAGCAGGCUGGGUUCGCACAUGCCCCUGAGCCAGCUGGUGAUUUAGGCCAUAUCGAUGCGUUCUCCAUGGACCGGGCUGCUUACAAGACCAUGUUUGGCCCAACGACCGGUGACCUUGUGAGACUGGGUAAGACAGAUCUUUGGAUCAAGGUUGAGAAAGACUUCACUACCUUUGGAGAUGAGUGCAAGUUCGGCGGUGGAAAGACUCUUCGAGAGGGCAUGGGACAGAUGAGCGGUUGCUCCGAUGCCGAUUCGCUGGACAUGGUUGUCACCAACGCGCUGAUUGUGGACUGGACUGGUAUCUACAAGGCAGAUAUCGGAGUCAAGAAUGGUAUGAUCGUGGGUAUCGGCAAGGCUGGUAACCCCGACGUUAUGGACGGCGUUACUCCCGGGAUGAUAGUCGGCAGCUGCACCGAUGUUGUGGCCGGCGAAGGAAAGAUCAUAACUGCUGGUGGUAUCGACACGCACAUCCACUUCAUCUGCCCACAGCAGGCGUAUGAAGCUAUUGCUUCUGGCAUCACGACAAUGCUGGGCGGUGGUACUGGCCCCAGCGCUGGUACAAGCGCCACCACCUGUACACCAGGCGCCAAUUAUAUGCGACAGAUGCUGCAGGCUUGCGAUGAGCUGCCUCUGAACCUUGGUAUCACCGGCAAGGGCAAUGACAGCUCGCCGAGUGCUCUCCGCGAGCAGGUUAUUGCCGGAGCGUGUGGUCUCAAAUUACACGAGGAUUGGGGCACCACACCCGCCGCUAUCGACUCGUGCUUGACCGUUUGCGAUGAACUUGAUGUGCAGUGCCUAAUCCACACUGACACUCUAAACGAGUCUGGAUUCGUCGAGAGCACCAUAGCCGCUUUCAAGAACCGCACUAUUCAUACUUACCAUACUGAAGGCGCUGGUGGUGGCCAUGCACCUGAUAUCAUCAGUGUGGUGGAGCAUCCCAAUGUGCUCCCCAGUAGUACGAAUCCGACUCGUCCGUACACUCGCAACACUCUAGAUGAACAUCUCGACAUGCUCAUGGUGUGCCAUCAUUUGUCAAAGAACAUUCCUGAGGAUGUUGCCUUUGCGGAGAGCCGUAUCCGUGCCGAGACAAUCGCCGCUGAAGACGUGCUACACGAUCUUGGCGCGAUCAGUAUGAUGAGCAGUGAUUCCCAAGCCAUGGGUCGAUGUGGUGAGGUCAUUCUCCGGACAUGGAAUACCGCCCACAAGAACAAAGUCCAAAGAGGCACUUUGCCGGAAGACGAAGGGUCUGGAGCGGACAAUUUCAGAGUUAAGAGAUAUGUCAGCAAAUUCACAAUCAACCCUGCAGUGGCUCAGGGUAUGGGCCAUCUUGUUGGUAGCAUUGAGAUUGGCAAGUUGGCCGAUCUGUUGGUAUGGGAUCCAGCAUGGUUUGGUACGAAGCCCAGCCAUGUCAUCAAGAGCGGCCUGAUCGCCUGGAGCCAGAUGGGCGACCCGAACGCGUCUAUUCCGACUGUACAGCCCGUGAUUGCGAGACCAAUGUUCGCACCUCUGGUGCCGCAGACGUCAGUGUUGUUUGUAUCACAGGCUUCUAUUGAGCAUGGCGUUGUGCAGGCCUACGGGCUCCGCAAGCGCGUCGAGCCGGUCAAGGGAUGCCGAAACAUUGGCAAGAAGGACAUGCGCUACAACGAUGUGAUGCCAAAGAUGAAGGUCGACCCGGAGAGAUAUACGGUUGAGGCAGAUGGCCAAGUGUGCACCGCGGAGCCGAGCUCCGAGUUACCCCUGACGCAGACUUAUUUCGUGUACUGA